UGAGUCUCAGUAUAGCGACUAACAUGACGACGAUCGUACGGCAAAUGACAUUAUCCGAUGCGGAUGAGGUCAAUUUAUUUCUACGCGAUCAUUUCUAUGGCAGCGAGCCAACGUUGCAAACACCCGGAGAUCAUCAGCGUGUGGUGAGCGAACCGGAUUUGAAUGAAUAUCACACAUCGCAAAUUACUCAGGGCACAUCGCUCGUGGCCGUGAACGGAGAGCGAAUUGUUGGCAUCGUCUUGGCUAAUGCGCUGCUGCCCGCCGAAGUGGAGCAAGCAUGGAUCGAUAUAAACAAAACCAAAUGCCAGACGCUGCUCAAGCACGUGCAUCGUUUUCUCUCUGGAAUUGAGCGUAACGCUCACGUCUUUGAGCACUACGGCGUAGAGCGAGCGCUUUAUCUACACAUUGUUGCUGUGGACUCAAGCAUGCGUAAUCAUGGACUGGGUCGCCGUCUGGUUGGCGAACUCAUCAAUGUGGGUCGCAACAUGGGAUUCCCCAUUAUGUUCAGCACCUGCACUAGUUUCUUCUCUAAGCGUUUGAUGUCCGCCCUGGGCAUGGAGUGUGUCCAUACGGAAGCCUAUGCGGAUUAUAAGGAUGAUGAUGGCAAUGUCGUCAUUCAGCCACCAGCACCUCAUACAGACGCCAGCGUCAUGGCUAUUAGACUUUAAAUUUCUUUGGCCAGUAACUAAUCAACACUUUCUACGGCUUAUGGCAUUUAAAUGUUUUUAAAAUA